GCUCUCCUGCCCACCUCUAAUCCAUGCCUCACUCAUCUCGGUCCCUCCUGCUUUUCUUUCACCGCUGGUUUCACUGAACACAUCAGACAACGAGUUAAAAAUGUCCUGGACGUUUGCAACGCUCCUGACUCUCCUUGCAGUGCUGCUUGCAUUGAACUUGUCUCCCGAGGCUGAAUCUGCAGCUGUGGGCAGCAACACAGGAAGUGUAAAAAGUCCAGCAGGUCCGCUGAGGGGGAUCUUCAUGAAAGAAACCGAUGCCUCCAGUUUCUUCAGAAAACGCAGCAAACGGGGCAUAAAAUCCCAGCAUGAGAUCAACGCUGAGCAAAUGCAAGUUUUGGCUGCAGACGAGCGAAGGAGGGAGUUUCAUGAGGACAAGAGGAGUAAAUUUGAGAGCUACGCUGAGGAGGAUAAUGAUGAGCAAAAUGAGAGAACAAGAGAGAGCACCGAGCAGUGGAGGGAGUUCCACCAUGAUGGGAUGAGUCCGCCCUAUGAGUACAACCGUCACACUGUCUGAGAACCGAACAGGAAGAGACCUCAACAGCUGCCAAACCUGGAGAAAUAAAGCUUCAGUAAAUAUGCUUUGCUCUCCUGAAAACAUGAAUUGUAUUAGUCUGAGGAUAUGAAACAAACGUCUUCUCCAGUUUUAAAUGCAGUUUUCCUUUUACAGUUUAAUUAUAUUCAUGUAAGGAUUGAUCAAACCAGAUCGGACCAUUAAUAUAGAUAUUUGUAUUAUCAAAUAUGUUAGAUAUUAAUCAGAUUGUUUAAUAAUGCCAGAAAGUAUUCAAAAGAGUAAAACCCAAAUUAAUUUGAAUUAAUAGUAUUUUUAACUGUGUUCAAAUUUGAUCUAUGACAGUAAAAUAAACCUAUCCAUAAAUAUCUUAUCAUUUAUUUAUCAUGGUAUUGGACUCUAAACCAUGACACUACCACCUUCAUGCCUCCAGAUGACAUUUUAGGCAUCUUAUUAGCAUGAAUCAAGUGUUUUACACAAAUGAUUGCAUAGUAUAAUAUACAAACAGGAUUAUGUUAUUUUUCUCAGCUAAUGGCAGGGGUUAAAGGUAUAUUGGAGGAUUUUUGCAAUAUUUUUAAAAGACCCGCCCUCUCCUCUUUAAAAAAAAAUGCACAUGCACAACCCUGUACAUGCUCCUGAGAGGAACCGUCUAUUAAACGCGUGCGAGAGCGUGCACUAGCCCGUUUCUCCUCGUGCACCCCCUGUUGAAAAGGACCAGUUGAUGAUCCAGCCGGAUAAAGAACAUCCUCAACUAUUCCUUUAAUACUCCGUACUCUGUAGCAUAGUUUACAUUAAACGUAAAGCUGAAAGUUAUUCUAAACUAGCAAAUCGUGCCUCUGUUGCCUCAGUUCUCUUUUUUAGCACAUAGUUUAAGCUUUUACUUUAUUGUAUGAAUGCGUCAUAUCUGUUAAAAAGCUCCACUGUAUUUGCCUUUCAGUUGUGUGCAAAUUGUAGCUUACUUUCCUUUAAAGAGCAUAAAACACAGCGGAUAUUAGAAAACACAUUGCUGUUAAAAUGGUAGGAUUUUUUCAUAUUAAAACGAGAGCUUUAAAAUCAUUUCAGAGCUUUUUCCAUCUGUUGGAAAAAUAAAUAAAGAUUAAAUACUGUGGUUGUUGAGGGGGCAGUAGAUGAGUGGAUUAAUAUCUUUUUUUUUUUUUGUAUUUUAUAU